GUUGUCAGUAUUUAUAUGUGGGUAGAUUAAGAUGUAGGGUAGGUUGCAGCGGCAUGCGAGAAAAUAAUAAAUCAGUCUAUACUCAGCUAUGGUGGUUUCAUUAUACAAUUCAUAACACUUUACAUGGCGCAGCCGGAAAAAAGACUUAUAUACUUAAUGUAAAAUUAUAGAUAAAGUGUAAAAACUCUGUUCGGUUAUAAGUAAACUUGUGUGUCGUUAUUAAUAAAUAAGUAUUGUGAAAGUGAGGAUCGUUAAUCGCCACAAUGGAGUCAGUGCUGCAUCCGCCAUUACCGUUCAAAUUUGAGAACAAUUUAGUGAACGUUACAUCGGGAAAUUUAUGCAAAGAAUGGGAUAAAUGGAAAAAAGCCUUUUUAAUUUAUUACGAAGCUUGUGAAAUCGCGAAAAAACCACAAAAGGUUCAAAUUAACAUUUUACUGCAUAUAAUAGGUGAUAAGUGCCGCGAGGUAUAUGACCAGUUUAGCGAAGAGUCAAAAACUGUAGAUGAGUUGUUAAAGAAGUUUGACGAAUUUUUUGAACCCAAAAAGAACCUCGCCGUAGAGAGACACAAAUUCUUCACACGGAACCAGCAGGAGUUCGAAUCUAUUGAACAGUAUGUCUUUGAAUUAAAUGUGAUGGCGGCAAAGUGUGAGUUUAAAGAUCUGUGCAGUGACCUCGUGAGGGAUCGGUUAAUAUGCGGUAUUCAGGAGACAAGCUUGCGGGAACGACUUCUACGAGAAAGUGACUUGACGCUGCAAAAAGCUAUAGAAAUAUGUAGGCUAGCCGAAAUAUCCCGUGCUCAAGCUGGUCACAUAAAGCAGGACAAUGUGGAACAUCAUGUGCAUGAAAUCAAAACUAAGCAAAAAAUAGCGAUGGAACGUCAAGGUCAACCGAGCUGUUGUUAUAGACAAGAACAUGAGGAUACAGAGGAUAAGGCGGUGCAUGCGGUCAGUGCGAACAAUCGCGGGCGCCGCCGCCGUGGAUCGUGGCGCGGAGGGCGCCCCGGACAGGCACACGCAGCUCCCGGGCACGACAACCUGCCAGCGGCGCGCGGCAAUUGGCAGCGGUCGUCACAAACCAACAGGACUGGCGGCCAUAGCUGUUCGAGAUGUGGGUCUACACAUAAAAGAUUCCAGUGUCCAGCAUUUGGUCAGCUGUGUGACAGGUGCCAUGGACGAAAUCACUACUCGAGAAUGUGUCGCGUGUAUGAAAUAAGAGGGGAAUCCACCGAUGAGGUAAAUAAUAAAUUUAAUAAUGAUAAUGAGUGGUCUGUAACUGUAUCCAUUAACAAUAAGAAUAUUAUGUUUGAACUGGACACGGGAGCUGAGAGGAUGUUGCUAAGAUUACAGCCGUACACUUUUAAUUUAAUAUACAAGCCUGGUAGAUACUUAUAUAUAGCCGAUGCCUUAUCUCGUGCGGUGCAGGCCGGCGCGGGCGGCGAUGACAACACACGGGCGAGCGACCUCGACGUGCGCGCGCAGGUGUGCGCCAUCUCGGCAAGCAACCCGCUCACUGAUACGCACUUCUUACAAAUACAAAAAUGCACGCAAGAUGAUGCUGAAUUGAAAGAGCUAACUAAAACUAUAAAAAGAGGAUGGCCAGAUCAUAAAAAAGAUGUGGAGAUACAGUUCCCUUGCAUUGAGGUUAAAGUGAUAUUCAAAUAUCAUCUGCAGCUGCAUUACUGUUGUGACAUGAUGGCAGCGGUGUUGAUGCUGCCGAUGUAUGCAGUGGACCAUGGGCUCAGAUAUAAUGCUAAGAAGAGUGAAUUCCCAAUCUUCAAGGCCGGUGCUAAGACGUACGAGGCUGUGCCACCAAUUGCUCUAUGUGGCACUUAUUUAAGCCGAGUUAAGCAUUUUAAGUAUCUGGGCCACUGGGUCACUGAAGACCUCUCUGAUAACAUGGAUAUAGAUAGGGAGAGAAGGGCGCUGUCCGUCCGCUGCAAUAUGUGUUGGCUCGGAGAUUUGCAAAGUGUACUAGAGAAGUAA